AUGCAGUACCGAGAACUUCACGCAGUAUCUAUUGACCUGCCGAUGCAACGGGCCAUGAAUAACGAGACCCUUGUUAAUAUCAACCGCGACUUCUGGAAGUAUGUCCAGCCAGCGGAGCUUGCGAUCAAUCUUAUUCUCGCAGUAUGCAUUAUGCCUACUUGGUUCUUUGCGUAUCAGGUUCACAAGGAGUAUAAGUGGGCGAUUUACCGUCGAAUCCAUGGAGACUCUGGCAUCAAGACCUUCCUCGUCCUGACCAAAAUCAAUUUCUUCUUCUCGGUCGGAUUCAUCAUCCAAUACAACUACAUCGACGUCCACUGGGAAGAGCCAGAGUACUCACUGACCGUCGCUCUAAUCCCGAUCCUGAUUUUGGUCAUGAUCUUCGGCAUCUGGUUUGUUCGGAAAGAGUGGAAGUGGGCGAUGAUCGGAAUUAUCGUGAGUAGCCUCGCCACGCUUCGACUGUUCACUCCAUACUAA